CACGACGCGGCCACAUUCUUCAUUCGUUCCCGAAAGUGACAACCCGUCGGAGACGGUUCUGGGUCAAUGAGUCCUUGAAGCGGUUUGAUCGAUGUCGAAAGCGAGGCGGCCAGUACCGGAUAUUCCUGCCAAGCGGCAAGAAAUUUUUAUUAAUAUGCGUCGAGCAAGCUCCUCCUUUAUAUGAUAAUCUUUCGAGAAGCGAGUUGAAAUGGGAAAGGUCAGGGAGGAGAAGGAAAACGAGGAGAUGGGCCGUAACAAUCCGCUGCAGAUGCGUGCUCUCGGGAAGAAAACGACCUUGAAAAAAAAACUUUUUGUGGAAGCGGAGGACGUUGUGCGAGGUCACGGACAUGCGUGUUUGCGGCUCCGAUAAGGCUGGGAAUCCGUUGCCAGGUUACUUGCCGCACCUGGAAUUAUCAGCUGGGAGUGAAUGAAAAAAAAAAAAAGCGUUGCUGCAGUCGUGAAGCCAGCUAUGGUGAAUCCCAUUUAUGUUUUCUGGGACUCCGAAUGUUAAUGUUUGCUUGGUCUCACGGAUCGCUUUCGGGAAAAAGGAAAAAAGGCAUUUAUCUAAAAAGAAAUAAUUUAUCAUUUAUUUAAAUGAAAGAUCGUUCAUUAGAAUAUUGCUUUCCUGUCUUUUUUCUGGCAACUAGCUGUUGAACGAUGAACCAUCUCUUGAAAUUCUUGACGCGCCGAUGCAGUUCAGGGGGUUGGAUUGAUCUGGAGGAAGUGGAAAUGGAUUUAAUGGAAAUGACUCAAAAUGAGAGGAAUUGAGGGGGAAAUCCCGUUUCCCCAAAUGCUUCCUCGAGCAUUGGAAAAGAUGAUUGCUUAUGCAUUCGGACGUGAGUCAUGAGAUGUGUGGCCUCAAUUCCAUCAUUCCGCGGAGCUGGUUAAUUUAUCGAUUGUGCCAUUUUUUAUCCUUCAUGACUCGACUCUUUAAGUCCGACCCCGAUGCGCGGAGGGAUGUGCAACGAAUGCUGAUGUUCUUUGGAUGUGCAAUGAGUGACUCGGGAUGUUCUUUGGACGUGUUGCAGUGUGAACGUGGGUUGCUUUCCAGCCGAGGAGCGGGAACUCCUCACGGGACUCCACGCGGUCGCCGACAUCUACUGUCAAUGCUGCAAGACCGUCCUCGGCUGGAAAUACGAGCACGCCUACGAAUCGAGUCAGAAGUACAAAGAGGGGAAGUACAUAAUCGAGCUGGCGCACAUGAUCAAGGAGAACGGCUGGGACUGACCCGAGAACAUUCCCCUGUGAUACGAGAAAGAGGGAGGGAGGGAGGAGGGAGGGAGGGAGGAGGGAGGGAGGACGGUGUCCGCUCUGAUCCUUCGACUGUGAUGGGGACGAACCGCGUGCGGUGGCGAGACGGGGAGACGUGCCUGCCGUAGCCCUCCAUACUCAGGAGACCGAGAGAGAUCCACAAAUUUUACUCUUGUAUUUUGUGCUACUUUUGGACGUGGACGCGGUCGGGGGCCUCGACCGCCGAGUGUCUUUCUUCAGUCGUCGAGUGUCUUUCUCUGUCGUCAACCCUUUCGCGACUUCGUUCUCUUUUUUUUUCUCGGCUCCGUCUCGGCAGGAUGGAAGGACGUAGUUGUGAUUCUCAUAGUUAGUGAGUAUUUUUCUCGUGAUCUCUGCUGCUGUACUUAUCGGCGACGGGCGGACGCUGCGGGCAACGUGGGCACUGCCGACACCGUGGGGACACGCGACACGUGCUCGGGCCGAGGACAGCGGUGUCUUUUUUUUUUAAAUUUAGUUUUAGUCUAGUCUUUCAUCCGUCGUGGUGAGAAAAGUCUUUCUCGUAUCAGGCUUCUACUACUUUUUCGUCGUGGUUUCCUGUUUGAGCCACUGCGGGGACCAAGACGAGGUGGUUUUCGCGAGGCGAUUUUUCGCCGGGAGUCAUCGCGAUCAGCAGGAAUCUUUUUCUUGUCUUUUGUGAUACGACACCUUGAAUUCGGACGCCUGGAAUCGGGACGCCUGGGAUUCGGACACGUCUGUUCAUCGUCGUCGUUCGCCUGGAAUUUUCGUCGCUUCGUCGUCGCAUGGUCGUCGCGUUCCGUCGCCGUUUCCGGUAGUGUCGCGAGUGAUGUAGGAAAGGGACGUGAAAUGGAUGCAUGUCUGUGAUGAGAUGAGAUGAGAUGAGAGGAGUGAUGAGGCUCAUCAUCCUCUAUUUAUUCGAUGGGCUUUUUUUUUUUCUUUGUUCGUUUCACUUCCCGGUUGUAAUUCUCGACUGUCCUUUCUAUGUGAAGAGAAAUGUCACGUGUCCAGGUUUUCCACAAUAAACCAGACUGCUUGACUAAAACUUUAUA